CAUAUCCAAGGAACAAAACAAACCGAAUUAUGUAACAGUGACAUCCAUCAACUUCAUUUCGUCUCUUCUUCUCUAUCAUUGCCACAAUUCUACCACCAUAGUUUUUUUUUUCUCUCUCUACAAUGAGGCAUCGAGUUAUUGAAAGAGCAUUGGUUUGUUGUGCGGUGGUAUCGUGGCUGUCGUCACAGACAGUCGCCGGGGAAAAGCCGGCGUGUAGUUUUCCGGCGAUAUAUAACUUCGGGGAUUCUAAUUCGGACACGGGAGGAAUAUCGGCGGCGUUUGAGCCCAUAAGGUCUCCUUACGGCCAAUCUUUCUUCCGCGAACCCUCGGGCCGAGACUCCGACGGUCGUCUCACCAUCGAUUUCAUAGCGGAGAGGCUGGGGCUGCCGUAUUUGAGCGCGUACCUGAACUCGUUAGGAGCAAACUUCAGAAAUGGUGCGAACUUUGCAACCGGAGGAUCAACCAUCAGAAGGCAGAACGAGACCAUCUUCCAGUACGGCAUCAGCCCUUUCUCCCUCGACAUGCAGGUUGUUCAGUUCGACCAGUUCAAAGCAAGAUCCGCUCAACUUCUGAGCCAAAGCAAGAGCCGAGCAGAAAGGGAUAAACUUCCAAGGCAGGAAGACUUUUCAAAGGCGUUGUAUACUUUUGAUAUCGGCCAAAACGAUAUCUCUGUUGGGUUUCGGACGAUGAGCUUUGAUCAACUGAAGGCUACGCUUCCAGACAUUGUCAGCCAGUUUGCUUCUGCUGUCCGGAGCAUAUAUGAGAGAGGAGGGAGAUCAUUCUGGGUACACAACACUGGACCUUUCGGGUGUUUGCCAGUGAACAUGUUUUAUAUGGGAAACCCUCCUCCGGGAUACCUUGACGAACACGGCUGUGUCAAGGCCCAGAACCAAAUGUCCAUGGAGUUCAACCGUCUGCUCAAGGAAGCGGUGAUCAAGCUACGGUCCGAGCUCACUGAAGCAGCAAUCACUUAUGUCGAUGUCUACUCCGCCAAGUACGAAAUGAUCAGCAACCCCAAGAGCCGAGGAUUCGCCGAUCCAUUGAAGGUAUGUUGCGGAUACCAUGAGAAGUUCGACCACAUCUGGUGCGGAAACAAAGGGAAAGUGAACAGCACAGAAAUAUAUGGAGGGUCGUGUCCGAAGCCAGCAGCAGCAGUGAGCUGGGAUGGAGUUCAUUACACUGAGGCUGCCAACAAGUACGUGGCCGACCGUACCCUCAACGGUUCACUCACCGACCCUCCAGUUCCAGUAACCAGAGCUUGUCAUAGACAGUGACUGUAAGAGGAAAUCCCCCCCAAAGUCAUCAUCUUUAUGAUGGACCCAAUGACUUUCUUUUUUUUAUAACAAAGUUAAAUAAAGAUCGGCGUUUUUGUCUA